ACGUCGUCCCCAUCCCUAACGGAACCGUUCGCCUCCGUUAAACAGCUCACAUGCCUCAAUAGUCUCUCCCACUAUUAUAUGCCCUCUCUUCCACUCCACCCAUCCUCCGCCCCCUUCUCAUCGUCUCCUUUCUCACUUCAUCGGAAGAGUUCAUGUCGGACAAAGGUCGGCCCUUGCCAAAGUUUGGCGAGUGGGAUGUCAAUGAUCCUGCUUCUGCAGAGGGGUUCACUGUGAUCUUUAAUAAAGCCCGAGAUGAGAGGAAAACAGGGAGCAAUGCACGAGAAACAGACUCACCUGGGAAGGAGGAGACAGGUUUUAAACAUGGACCGUAUGCUUCUAAGUCUACUGCUAAGAAAUGGUUUUGCUGCAUGCAAGCAUCAGCAGAAUCAUGAGGAUGAAUGCUUGUGGUUUAUGAGUUAUGGUAUUGAUCGAGUGACGGGAAGUGCUGGCCACCAUUUGCAGUAGUUGAAGGUUAAGAUGGCUCGAGUGAGCAAGACUGGAAGAAAGCUGGGGAGGGUUGGAAAGGCUUAAGAGUCAUUCAUUUAUUCAUGUGAACAUAUGCAUAUUCGAAACUUAAAUUGAUCUCGUUUUCUUUUUCUA